GGCCAGUGAUGCAAACAAUGGAUGGUGCGGCGGCCAGGCAGGAGUGAGUGCGAUGUGAUGUGGCAGAGGCAGGGGUCCAGGCGUCCACCUGGGCAAACGCAACCUACCAUUUAAUAUAGUAGCCAAGUAUACCUAUUGGCUAACCAAUUAGGCAGCCAUUAUUGGGCGCUCCACCCAUUAAUCCUGCUACACUAGCAAGAAUUAUCCCAGUAGCCUAGGUAUCAGGUCACGAGGCUAUCUGAUUUGCAUCCUCUGGUCAUUCUUGAAAACGACAGCGAGUUACAGGAAAUGUUGGCAACGGGCAACCAUUUCGUUUAUACGACAUUUCCCUCGCUAAAUUGAAACUUUUUCGGACAGUUGCAGCGCAUGGAUACUGGAGAAAUAACCACUCAUUUUGUAAGGCUAGUUAGAAACGAAACAUGUCUUACUGUAACACAAACUGCGUUGAAAAGCCUGUUGCCGCUGCCUUUAAGGUACUUGGGCGUUGCAUCGGUAAAUAUCCGUGGUUGUUUUUCAUUCUUCCUCUGAUGAUAUCGUGCGGACUCGGAGGAGGAUUUUACUUUCUUCAUCAGAGAGAGGUACAUAACAUUGAGGACCAGUUCACGCCACUAAACGGCCCAGCGAAAGAGGAGAGGGCGUUUGUCAAACAACAUUUUCCUCCAGGCAAAGAUUUCUCCCAAUUGAAGAUCUAUACCGAGGGCGUGUAUGCGUCGUUUAUCCUGGUGAAGAAGCCUAAUAUACUCACUGUAAAGGCGUUUCAAGAAAUAAUGACAUUAGACGAGCGAGUGAAGAGUCUCAAGACAAGUACAAACAAGACAUUUGAAAACCUGUGUGCUAAGAAGAAAAACAAAUGUGUCUCGAAUGACGUUUUAGAUAUUGUAACGUAUAAGGCUAGCAACAUUGACAAUAUGACUAUAUAUUACCCAUUUCAUGGAAAAACAUUUUUUGGAACAGUUAUUGGCGGUGUUAAAUAUAGACCAGAAACUAAGGAAAUUCAGAGCGCCGAUUCGAUACGAUUGUUCUACUACUUAGAAGAAGACCUCGGAAAUGAAACUGAUGCCUGGCUGAGUUUGUUUAUUGACACUUUCUCAUCGGAGACAAAAUAUGCUGAAGGGGGCUCUAUAUCCAUUUUCACAUCAUUGUCAAGAGAAGAAGAGCUGAAAAAGAAUAGCAAAAGUGUGACCCCCUUGUUUUCCAUCACAUAUUUUUUGGCCAUCAACAUAUCUAUUCUUUCUUGCCUAAGGUUGGACUGUGUGAGGAACAAGGUAUCUGUGGCCAUCUUUGGGGUGUUUUCUGCAGGGCUGUCUGUGCUGUCCAGUUUCGGCCUGCUUCUGUAUUGUGGGAUGCCAUUUGCAAUAACUGUGACGACCUCUCCCUUCCUGAUUCUUGGUAUUGGUGUGGAUGACAUGUUCAUCAUGAUCUCCUGCUGGCAGAAGACGAGGGUUCAUGACAAGGUUGAAGAUCGCAUGGCAGAGACGUACAAGGAGGCGGCAGUCUCCAUCACCAUCACCACUCUGACUGAUGCCUUGGCCUUUUACAUCGGCCUCCUGACUCCUUUUCGCUCUGUGCAGUCCUUCUGCAUGUACACCGGCACAGCCAUCCUCUUCUGCUACAUCUACAACAUCACAUUCUUCGGUGCUUUUUUGGCCCUGAAUGGACGACGAGAGGGAAGCAACAGACACUGGCUUACAUUCAGGAAGGUUGAAACUCCAAAUCCAGACAACAAGAGCAAUGCCUGUUCAGUUGGAGGAGCUUAUGAUCACCAAACAGGUGCAGAGGAGGAAAUGCCCAUCAAUGUCUUCUUCAAGAAGUAUUAUGGUCCAUUCUUAACUAAAAGAUACACCAAGGUCUUUGUUAUUUUGCUCUAUUUUGUAUAUGUGGGUGUGAGCAUAUAUGGUUGUUUUCAGAUGAAAGAGGGUAUAGAUCUGAAAAACUUAGCUACAGAUGACUCAUACGUAGUUAAUUACUAUGAUAAUGAGAAUCAGUAUUUCGAAGACUUUGGACCGUUUGUUAUGGUAAUUAUAAAAGACAAAACAUUUGAGUAUUGGAAUAAGACUGCACAAGACAAUCUCAUGGGUUGUGUUAGACAGUUCGCAAAUUCAGACAUGGUGCCCAAAAAUGUGACUAUUUCAUGGCUUGAUGCCUUUGUGGAAUAUAGAAAGGGUACUGGUUAUGAUUUCUCAGACCAGAAAACAUUCAUGAGUUUUUUACCAAGCUUUCUUAAACUGUCAGGCUUCAGUGAAGAUGUUGAUAUUCAAGAUGGUGUGAUUCAAGCUUCCCGAAUCUUUAUACCAACAGUUAAUGUCAGGACUGCAGUAGACGAAAAGAACAUGUUGAGUUUUUUUAGAGACACCGCUAGUAAAUGUGGUGAAUCUGCAAAUGGGGUAAACUUAAUGGUGUACCACCCAACAUUCAUUUACUUUGAUCAGUAUGCCGUCAUUGUCAGCAAUACCAUCCAGAACAUCAUAGUAGCUACUGUCGCUAUGCUUGUCAUUGCCCUUAUGCUGAUUCCACACCCUCUCUGUUCUCUGUGGGUGACCUUUGCCAUUGCCUCUGUAAUAGCAGGCGUAACCGGUUUCAUGGCUUUGUGGGACGUUAAUCUGGACUCCAUCUCCAUGAUCAACCUGGUAAUCUGCAUUGGCUUUUCUGUUGACUUUUCUGCACACAUUUCUUACGCCUUUGUCUCAAGUGAAAAGAGAACAGCCAAUGGAAAAGCCAUAGAUGCUCUCUAUAACCUUGGGUAUCCAAUAAUCCAGGGAGCUUUAUCAACAAUUGCUGGGGUUAUUGUCCUGUCAGCAGCAAAGAGCUACAUCUUCAGAACCUUCUUUAAGAUCAUGUUUCUUGUCAUCUCCUUUGGGGCUGUACAUGGCCUUGUGUUUAUCCCAGUGUUUUUGACAUUCUUUGGGGUUUGUGGAAAAAAAGUAAGAACUGAAAGUGACAAAUCCAUCACCAACAAUAUAGAACUUAAAAAAAUGAACGAUGCUUUAGAGCCCGACCAAAAUGGCAUUUUAAAGAACGAUACAGAUUUCGAUAUUUGAGGUUUCAAAAACUGAUAACCGACAUAUCGGUCGAUAGACAUCUUUAAACAACACAAUAUACAAAUUCUCUCCCAUAGCCAAGUUCUGAUGAAGGUGGGAUAUUAUGUGUUUAAAAAGGCCUAUCUGGUAUCUUAAUGAAAGGCUCUUAUACAGUAAUCUAUUAAAUAAUUAUUAUGAAAUAAAUAGUCGGGUCUUUGAUAACCACCAUUGCCACAAUCUACGUUGUAGGCUAUUCACAGUUCAUGCCUAAUGACGCUAUCCCUUCAUGUAAGAAAAGAAGAAGAAAUUUUACAAGUACGAUCUGUUACUUUUACUUUUAGCCUUUUUAAACCAUGCACUUCCUUACUUGGUGUAAACACCUUGUUGAAAUACAAAAAAUUGAAGACUGAAACUGUUUUUUAAGGAUGCAUCAUAGACAGGCAUCUAUGCCCUGCUGUUAUUUUAAACUGGCAUACCAUGGCAUUAGCUAAUUCUGGGAUGACAAUCGAAGGAGACAAUUACUGUGCUAUUAUCAAGUUACUUGGUACCUUUUGACGUAACAUUAAGAUGAUGACCAAUGGCUCUAAGGUCAACAUUAGGCUAUUGCAGUACAGUAAAAACGAAACAUGUCCGAUAAACACUCAGGUUUAUUUAGGCUUCCAGAAGAAAUUAUACAUUUGACGUGAAAAUAUCCUUAUACCAUGAAUACACAAGCCACUCCACAAAGCUAUGAAACAGCUUUGUCAGUGUAGUAAGUAGAACCAAAUUAAGCAUGUGUCUUGCAGCAAAAUGGUGGAUAAAUCACACAAUGACAAUACUAGUAGAAUUUUUAAUGAAGGAUCAAUGUUCGGUUUUCCUACACUUAAUUAAAAAAUAUUUAUCAUACGUUAUAAAUGCAUAUCAGUUGUCAAAUGCAAAAACAUCUCAGGUGCGGUUCCCAGAGAGGUGAGGUGCCCAGCAUUUAAGUCUCUGGAACAGGGGCUCGCCACCAGGAUGGGACCAUGUAUUUAACAGAGCAGACUGUUGUGUAUGUCUUCAUUGUAUUGUUUGCUUAGUCUUACAUAUAUGUUUUUAAUGAUUAUAACUUGUUCAGAGUCGAUAGGAGUGGGAGAGGGGGUGAUGUGGCAAUCUACGCCAAAUCAACUCUCCCAGUAAUGAUUUUAAAUGCUUUAUCGGUUCAACAUAGCUUUAAAUUUGUUGCUGUUAACAUUAUUUUAGGCUCUACCUCUAUUACUGUAGCAGGGGUCUAUCGACCUCCUCUGCUGUCUCAAACUCAUUAGAUGCCUUUGCAAAUCUGCUUGUAAAGCAUUGUAAUGGGGAGCUUCUGGUCUUCGGUGACUUUAAUAUCAACUGUCUUAACAACUCUUCUGGCUACCUCAAACGGGUUAGGCUAAACCUGUCAGACCACAAGCACAAGAUAGCGUAGCACAAGAUCCUGGGCCCCUGCAAAGGUAGUCCUGAUGGGCCCCCAGGCAGUCCUGAUGGGACCAGAUCUCACAUGGUCACAAUGAGAAAUUUUAAAUCUUUUAAUAGCCAAGCUUUUUUAUCUGAUGUUUUUUUUAUAGUAAUUUAUAUCUUCAGAAAUGAUGGAUUUUGAACUGACACUUGAUUUCUUUAUAAAAAAAAAUUGUCACUGUUAUCAAUAAGCAUGCUCCUUUUAAGACACUACGGGCUAUAUCUUGCACUUUAACGCAAUUGACUUUGCGCAAAUCGCUUUGUGGGCGGAUGGGCGCUGUUUCUAUUUUACUGGCGGAAAAUUGACUGUUGCGCACAUUAUUCAUGGGUGUGGUUUGGGCAUAACGUGCAAUAAACCAAUCAGAGCGUCAUCUCACAUUCCCUUUAACAACAGGCACGCUUGUUCCAUAGUGGAUUGCUAUUAUGAUGGCGGAUUUGCCAGGCGCAACCAGGAACAGUUCACAGUGCUAUAGUCAGUUGUGAACAGUUUGCUAUUGAUUUUUCUUCUUGACAAAAUGUAAUACAGGAAUGUCACUUUCCGAUGUUUUGGGAUCACU